AUGGACGCUCCGAAAGUGAAACAGAUUCACGUGCUGGUGGUGGUUCCGGAUCAGCAGUCGGUUUCUGCUGUGGCGGCCGGGGAGUGGCAGUUGGGUGAAAUGGUUGAAGAAACUCAAUGGCCAGAUUGA